UAAAAAAAUCGCACAAAAAAUACGUUUCCUGGCAAGAGUUAAUUACUUUCAAAGUAUAUUGGCCGCUGACAACAUGACCUGAAAAUAUUUUAAUCAAGUAUUUUUUUAAGCUACUUAGGUAAGUACAAAUCUAGGUAGAUUUGUCUGUUGUCAGUAGACAAUUUUUUAAUUUUAUUCUAGGCUCUAGCGAAAGGAGCCUAUCUAUUCUAUGCAGGAGUCCCAGAUGCCAAGAGAAGAGUUAUCUAAAAACAAACGCUGCUUCUGGAAUCUGGAUCCUCCAAGAUAAAAGUUUUGGGCCAAACCUGACCUUAAAAGACAUCAAAUUAAGGCUAGGACCAGUAUUCAAUAGUAGUCUUUGCUUUGGCUAGGACAGGCGCAUGGGGGCAGUGCAUUUUGCAAUCGCCUUAGUAAUCACCUACUGACAUUAUCUCACACUAUACCUACAUUGAGAUAAAACAAUCUUUUCGUUGACGUGCAUUCGAAUUUCGUCAAUGAAUUAUCCUGUUAAUGUGCAAAUUGUGCAAUAAGAUUACUACACACUGCGUUAAUCAUUAACAAACUUUUCGGUAAGUUGGUAGUGAUAACAUGCACGAUGAGCUUUAGUAAAUUAAUCGCAACGCACAAGGUGACUACCGGGUGGCGACCACAUGUCUGUUAUAUUUUUCUUACAUUUGCAUUCACGAGCGGUCGAUCAUUACUGUAAUUAACCAUAUUUACUGUAUUUUUUGUUGUUUUAGGCUUUGCAGUUCCUUUUCAGACUAAUACAUUCGGUAAGUAGUCUAUAGGAAUUAACUAAAUUUUAGGUAUUUAACUUCAAAACUACGGGCAUUCUUGUCAUACAGUGACCGCAGUGUGUAGAUUAAACGUUAGUCCUUCUAAAAGUCAGCAACAUUACUCACAAUUACAGAUAAAAGUUAGUAUAACAUAAGCCCGCUGAAAGGCAAGCUCGCGUCGUGUCGCAAAUUGUUUUCGUAUUAUUUUCAGAGUGGACGUGUUUUUUGAAAAUGUUUGCUGAAUAACAAAAAAAUAAUAUGGAACCUCAAGAAACUGAUCAGCUAUUAGGAGCUGGUGAUACCCCAGCAGGACCUGAAGAUGCUCUUGCGCAUUUAAAAGGGUUUAAAUUGAAAAACACGAUUGAAAUUCCUCUGUUUAUGAUAUUAUUUGGACUCUAUUUGUCAGGUGCACCUAUAAGCAAUCUAAACAUGUAUCGUACAUGCGUUCACUCAUUAAACUACACGGUCGCAGAUUGCAAGUCGUUCUUAGAUCCAGAGAAGAUAAACCACACACAGGAACUGGAGAAAGAGGUCCAAGAAUACGUCACUCUCGUGAAUACGGUUAAUUCUGUGCUGGAAGCAAUAGUUCCAGCAGUUCUGUCAUUAUUCCUGGGCGUGUGGUCUGAUAAGCAUGGACGGAAGCCGCUUAUCGCCUGGACACUCUUUGGUCUGACUUUCAGCGCAAUCCUGACCGUGGUAUACGGCUUAAUGGAGGAGCUCGGGCCCUGGUGGUACAUCAUCAGUUGCCUGCCUUUCUCUCUGACGGGGGGAUACAAAGUGCUGAUGAUCGGGGCCAUUUGCUUCAUCAGUGACGUCACCAGCAACGAGAACAGAUCUUUUAGGUUAAUGAUAAUCCAGUUAACUUUCGCAUUGGGUCAUACAGCGGGUGCAAUGCUCAGUCCCUAUACAGUAAAGGGAAUAGGUAACUUAUACCUGCUUCUUCUAGUCGCCAGUUUGUACACAUUUGCGUACGCCUUUACAAUGAUCUUCAUCGAGGAGUCCUUGGUCAACAUAAGUCAGGGGAGCAUUUUUUCGGUUCUAAAUUGCUCACAUGUACAAGAAAUGAUAACCGUAUCUUUCAAGAAGAAACCAAACUAUGGGAGAGCUAUACUACUUCUAACUAUAGCUGCUUCGGUUUUCGCUGCAUUCACAGUUUACGGGACUUUUGGUCUUCUAUACCUGUACACAAGGAAGCAUUUGGCAUGGACAAUGAAAGACUACACGACGUUUUCGUCCACCAGCACCGCGAUGUGGUUUAUAGGUUCCUUCGUCGGUGUUGCUUGCAUUCAGAAAUGGCUGCAUAUUAGCGACUUGACUUUCACUGUGGUAUCGUUACUCUCGUGUGCCGUGGAGUAUGUCAUAAAAUCUUGUGCAACCACCACGUGGGUUAUGUACUUCGGUUCCGCAGUCUCAUUCUUCGGUUCGGUGUACGGACCGUUGACCAGGUCAUUCCUAACAAAAACAUUGCCCAGUCAAGACAUUGCAAAGGCUUUCGGAUUGUUGGGAUUCGCCGAGUCCUUCUGUCCUCUUGUGUCGCCACUCGUCUACAACGGAUUGUACGAGCUGACCGUUUCAACUUUCCCUGGAGCAUUUUUGGUGCUCUCAGCAGUUAUUUACGCUAGUUCGCUGAUGUUCAUGCUAGUCGUUAAAUGCCUUAUAACAAGAAAUCCUUCAGCUUCUUAUGAGACUAUAGAUUCUGAUGAUGAUGCAAAUGGUGCAGCUAUAAACUGACAGAUCAAAUGAAAAGGAACAGAAAAGGGUCGAAAACAGACCCUUGUGUGAUCCCAAUUUUUCACGCAGUUUCGACUAUUACUUGAACCAUGUUCUAGAAAGUAAAUUCUAAAGGCAUAUUUUUAGUGACAACUGUGAUACAUUAUUAAUAAUAGAAAGUAUUAUUAUUGUACUGUGUGAGAUGUGCAUUGCGAUUGGAUAAAAAAUGCCUAAAAGGCUAUCAAGGACUUGAAAUGGUGAAACAGACCCAUGGUUACAUACAUAAUACCUAAAGGUAUAUGUAGUGUUUUUAAUAUUAAUUUCGGCUCAAGAAGUGUAAUACUGUGUGGUGAUUUAAAUUAGUACUAUGUGUUGUGUGUGAUGUUGUGGAAAAAGUGCAUUGACUUUCAUCUUAGGGAGUAACUAUAUGCAGGGAGGUAUGUAGAGAUGAAAACAGUUUAUAUUGACAAUUUCAAUCUUUUAUUAAUAAAGUAAUGUUAACAACAAAA